CGAAUUUUAAUAUCUACUAUUUACAUAAGAAAGCUUUAAGUUAAAGUAAGAAAUAAGAAAAUAUUUUGUUUUUAUGCAAGAUUUAUGCAUUUAAACAUUAUUUAGCGACAAGUGCAGCAGUACUCGGAUAGUCGGAUGUUUAGCUCUAGGUGAAAGAAACUUGAUGUAAGAAUGACAGAGAAAAGCUAUGCCAGGAGCAUCUGCCUCCCUAAUGAGAAUGUGUUCCGUAACCUUCAAACUGCCAGAAGAUUUGCCAUAGAUGUAGGUGGUUCCCUGGCCAAACUGGCAUACACAGCCACAGUACAGAGAAAAACUUCCCUUGUCUCUGAUGACACAGAAAUAAAUGAGGAUGGUCCGAUAUAUCAAGUAUCGGAUGCUGAUGAGACAAUUGUGCGGCUGCAUUUUGUCAAGUUCGAGACUAAAUUUAUAGAAACCUGCCUUGAUUUUAUUCAAGAUCAUUCUAGUGGCUUAGGGAAACCUGUGCCAGAGAGGUGCAUCAAAGUUACAGGAGGUGGUGGUUAUAAAUAUACUGAUCUCAUUACCAAAAAAUUAGGAGUGUGUGUGGACAAAGAGGACGAGAUUUCUUGCCUUAUAAAGGGUUGUAACUUUCUGCUGAAGAACAUACCUGAUGAAGUGUUUAUAUACCAGCGGCACGAUUCACCAGAAUAUAAGUUCCUCGGAGUUGAUCAUAAUACAUUCCCCUAUCUUCUAGUCAACAUUGGCUCCGGUGUUAGUUUGAUAAAGGUAGAAGCAGAGGAUAAGUUUGAACGUAUUGGUGGAACAGCCACAGGUGGAGGCACAUUUUGGGGACUAGGCUCACUUCUCACAAAAGCUAGGACGUUUGAUGACUUGUUGAAUCUAGCUGAGAAAGGCGAUCAUCGUAAUGUGGACAUGUUGGUUCGUGAUAUAUAUGGCGGGGCAUACUCUACGAUAGGUUUGAAGGAAGACAUUAUAGCCAGUAGUUUUGGAAAAGCAGCUCGAUCUCCUAGAUCUACUUCACAGUCUGAGGAGCAUAAUUUUAAAGAAGAGGAUGUGGCAAGGAGUUUGUUACUGUCAAUAAGUAAUGAUAUUGGCCAGAUAGCCUGUCUACAUGCUAAACUUCAUUCCUUAAAGAAAAUCUAUUUCGGAGGUUAUUUCAUAAGAGGACAUCCACUCACAAUGCACACUAUCACAUAUGCUAUAAAGUUCUGGUCAAAGGGUGAUAUACAGCCCCUGUUUCUGAGACAUGAAGGGUACUUAGGGGCAAUUGGAGCAUUUCUAAAAGGGGCAGAGGAAGAGGAUGCAGAAUUAUAUUCUUGGGAAGAGAACUUUGCAGGAAGCUCAGGUCUAGCUGAUCCAAAACCCUCCCCUCUAAUUAUCCAGCAGGCAAAGUCUGAGUUUGACAUGCUAGAACUGGACAGACUUGAGAAAACCUUAUUACCUUGUCCCCUACUGUUGAACGCUGAGACCUACCUCCCGGAUACUGUAGAUCUAACUCAGGACCCCCAUGCUAGAGCAUAUUGGCUGCAAUGUUUUGUUGACAGUAUAGACAAGCAAGAAGAGCAAGCAAUAAAAUCUCAAGCUUCCAUUAACUCAGAAGAUGUUCGCUAUAGAGCUGCCCAAUUUAAACAAAAAUAUCUCCAGAGACUGGAAAAUUUAAAAAGAAACCCUUGUGCGUAUGGAUCUCUUAAUGUUCGUGGUUUACUGGAUAUGAGAAGUCAUUGUCUGAAGGAGUUUGAUUUCACUGAUCCUUAUUCACAGCAAAAGCAGUUUGAAAAUGAGCAAGCAUUGAAGUAUCUGCCAAGUCGACUACAGAAGUUAGAUGCUAUAGAAGACAAAAAUGAACUUAUUUUAGAGCUUUCUAAGGGGCUACUAGCGGGGAAUGUGUUUGAUUGGGGCGCCAAAGAGGUGGCAGAGAUCAUGGAGAAGGGAGAAUUCAAGUUUGAGGACGCUCAAGAUAAGUUACAAGUUAGACCAUGGUUAAUGGACAACUUUGAAGAGUGGAAGAAUAAACAGUUAGGGUCUAACAGUUAUAAAUGUGCAGCAAUAUUCUGUGACAACAGCGGAGCUGAUAUCAUACUAGGGGUUUUACCGUUUGCUAGAGAUUUGCUCAAAUCUGGCACAAAAGUAAUUUUUUGUGCCAACUCGAAACCGACUUUAAAUGAUGUAACCUAUCAGGAAUUGAUGAUACUGGUUAAACGUGUAGCUCAGAUCUGUCCUGUGAUUGGUCAAGCUACACUCAAAGGUCAACUGGUUGUCAUGGCAUCAGGUCAAGGGUCACCUUGUUUAGAUCUCAGGUUAAUAGACAAAGACUUGGUUCAGAAAAUGAAAACCGAGGGCACUGACCUGAUCGUCAUAGAGGGAAUGGGGCGGGCAAUUCAUACAAACUUUGAUGCCCAUUUUAAUUGUGACUCAUUAAAAGUGGCAGUGUUAAAGAACAGGUGGUUAGCUAAAAGACUCGGAGGGGAUAUGUUUAGUGUGGUGUUCAAGUUUGAAGAAAGCAAGAAAGUACAGAAUUCUACCAAUACUUGACAAAAUGUACAGAUAUUGUUUGCAGAUGUUGUUUGAAGCCAUUUUUCUAGUAUUAACAAAAAGAUAACUACAGUGUAACCUGUGCUAAGCAGCCAUCUAUAGAACAAUAACUUGUUUAAAGCCACAUGCCUCCCUCCAGAUAAGCCAAAAUAUUUUUAAAAAAAAAAAGAAAAAGAAAAGGUUUUAAGAAAAGUAAAAUUGAUUCAAGAUCUAAGUAAUAAUUUAUAUGGUAUGUUAGGUUAAUGGCUGAUUUAGCAUCAUUUAUCACCCAAAUUCUACUAUGUUACUAACACAGGGCUAUUUUUGGCAUAUAUUGACCUUUAUUUGGUAAUUUUCAAUGUACCUGGAUUGAAAGUACCAUUUGCAUUGUGUAAAUUAAUUUCUAUGCCCCCACAAAGUGGGGUGCAUAUAGCGUUGCACUUGUCUGUCCGUCCGUCCAUCUGUCAGUCCGUCCGUACGUCCCGAAAUCUUGUGAACGCAACUCCUCUUAAACCGGAUGGCAGAUUUUGCUUAAACUUACAGGGAUGAACAACCUUAAUGUGUAGAUGGUAGUAAAGGAAGGAAUUUUCGUGGCGACAAAAUUUAACAGAAUUAUGGCCCUUUGUUGAUUUGUUCACUAUAUACCAUAUAGAAAUUUUGUGAACGCAACUCCUCUUAAAACGGAUGGCAGAUUUUGCUUAAACUUCUAGGGAUUAACAAGCUUAAUGUGUAGAUGGUAGUAAAGGAAGGAAUUUUUGCUGCGACCAAAUUUAACAGAAUUAUGGCCCUUUGUUGAUUUUUAGUUUUCAACUUGUGGCACAUGUAGUCCAAAAAAUAUUUGACCUAGAGUCAUAAGAUUGACAGAACAGUGGCGUGUGGGGGCAUCCGUGUCCUAUGGACACAUUUCUAGUUUUGUUCUCUUUGCAUUAUUUUCUACUUUUUUAUGCAUAACAAAAUUUUUCUUGAAAAUAAGCAUGAAUCUGAAGGCAUGCUGCUUUAAAUUUUCCAUCUUUGCCAAGGAAUGAAAUUAUUGGAAAAGUUUCUAAAUUAAUGAGAAACAAAAGUCUGGUAGAAUUUAGAUGAUACAUUGUUACAACACUGUCUACAUGAUCUAUGUGAUUCAUGUUUAAGAUAAAAAAUGAACCCACCCCCUCCCCCCAUGUUAUUUCUAGUCAAAGUAUUGGGUAGCCAUUUCUUAAAAUCUGGCGAGCAAAAAUUCUAUAGUUUAACAUUCAUGUAAACAGUUUUAAUUUUUCCGUGUUUUGCAACCUUAAAGAGUUUUCUUUUUGUUUCUAAUUUUCUUUUUUUUUCUAAUUUUCUCUUUGUUUCUAAUCAAUUUUAAACAAGAAUGAAUUCUUAUUGAUUUAGACUUAAAGAAUAAUAUGUGAAAUAAAAAAUAAUUUGUGUGCUAAAUUUUAAGUUUUAUUUUUUUUUAUUGAGCCUUAUUCUCUGCUUGUUGGUUUAAUUUAUUAAAGAUUUAGAAUUAUGUUAGAGAAAACUGUUAUGACUGUAACAAUAAUUUUUUUAUCAAUUUUGUUUUAUUUUAUGAUAUAAUUUUCUAUUUUUAUGCUCCCCGAAAAAUUUCGGGGGAGCAUAUAGUCGGCGCCUUGUCCGUCUGUCCGUCCGUCCGUCUGUCCGUCCGUUGUCUUGUCCGGAGCAUAACUUGAAAACCCUUGGAGAUAAUUUGUUGAAACUUCAUACAGUGGUAGAGGGCAUUGAGGGGGAGUGCAGUGUCAAAGAACCAUAACUCUAUUUUGCCCGGUUUUUGAAUUAUCUCCCCUUAUAGAAAAAUCUUGUCCGGGGCAUAACUCUAAAACUAUAAGAGAUAUCAACAUGAAACUUAGUAGGUGAAUAGAUCUCAAUGGGUAGAUGUGCAGUGCAUAAGAACAAUAACUCUUUUCAUCCUAAUUUUGGAGUUAUUGCCCUUUGUUAAUUUUAAUACUUUGAACUUUGUCCGGAGCAUAACUUGAAAACCCUUGGAGAUAAUUUGUUGAAACUUCAUACAGUGGUAGAGGGCAUCGAGGGGGAGUGCAGUGUCAAAGAACCAUAACUCUAUUUUGCCCGGUUUUUGAAUUAUCUCCCCUUAUAGAAAAAUCUUGUCCGGGGCAUAACUCUAAAACUAUAAGAGAUAUCAACAUGAAACUUUGUAGGUGAAUAGAUCUCAAUGGGUAGAUGUGCAGUGCAUAAGAACAAUAACUCUUUUUGUCCUAAUUUUGGAGUUAUUGCCCUUUGUUAAUUUUAAUACUUUGAACUUGAACUUUGUCCGGAACAUAACUUGAAAACCCUUGGAGAUAAUUUGUUGAAACUUCAUACAGUGGUAGAGGGCAUCGAGGGGGAGUGCAGUGUCAAAGAACCAUAACUCUAUUUUGCCUGGUUUUUGAAUUAUCUCCCCUUAUAGAAAAAUCAUGUCCGGGGCAUAACUCUAAAACUAUAAGAGAUAUCAACAUGAAACAUUGUAGGUAGAUAGAUCUCAUUGAGUAGAGGUGCAGUGCAAAAGAACCAUAACUCUGUUAAGCCUUAUUUUUGAAUAAUCUCCCCUUUUAGUAAAAUCUUGUCCAGGACAUAGCUGUAAAACUAUAAGAGAUAUCAACAUGAAACUUUGUAGGUAGAUAAAUCUCAAUGGGUAGAUGUGCAGUGCACAAGAAUCAUAACUCUACCUUGCCUUAUUCUGGAGUUAUUGCCCUUUGUUUAUUUUUACUUUUUGAAUUGUCCAGGACAUAACUUGGAAAUCAUAAGAGAUAUCAUCAAGAAACUUUGUAGGUUGAUAGAUCAGAUUGAUUAGAAGUGCAGUGCAAAGAACUGUAACUCUGCCUUGCCUAAUUUUGGAAUUAUUGCACUUUGAACUUUUUCCACGGACAUAACUCUGAAACUACAAGAGGUGUACUUUCCUGUGUCCAAAACCUAUUCGGGGAGCAUCACCCGGCUCAAACCGGGCUCUUGUUUUAAUAAUAUUUUAUUUUAUGAUAUUUUUUUUUCAGUGUGAUAAGAUUCUCUUUAACUUUCAAUAUUUCCUUCUUUUUUUUCUUCAGCUUUCAGUAUUCAAGUAACAACUUACAUGUUCUAAAGCCAUAGCCUUGCCAAUGUUAGAAGUGCUAAGCAAGUUUAAUUAAAGGGACUGUACUUUUUUGGUAUGAUAGGACUGGAAAUACUUUUCCGAGAAUUUGUGUACCAUUUGAUGUAGGCCUGAACAGAUUACUUGAAAAGCAUUGCAAAACUUUUCACUCAAAUCAGGCUAAAAAUUGCACUUACUAUCUAUUUUCAAUUUAUUAUCCUUUCACAAUUUUAAGAGUUACACUUGAUCUAUGUAUACAUUUCAAAUUUGAUGUUAUUUUACCUCAGUGGAGCUCCUUUAAGGUUUAUCUUGUUUAUGGAUCACCUUGCUUUAUGUUCAAGUAAGAAGUAUAAUCAGGGCUUGAUGAUUUUUUUCUAAGGUCACUCGUCCUGCAGGGUGAGAGAUUCUACAAAUCGAUAUGAUUGGGAGAAUCUAUUCGCCCAAAUGGGCAAGUUUGAUGAACUUUUUUCUCGUCCGACUCAAAGUUUUACUUGCAAAUGCAAGCUAGCGAGUGGAAAUGUCAAGGAAAGAAUAAUGAUUAUGUUUGUAAAAUUUUUGGCAUAACUCUCAUAAUGUUUUAAUAAUUACUCAGGUUACAAAGAAGUCCAGGGUAAUCUUACGUCUGCCAGGAAUCAUGGAUUCGAGCCCAACUUGGGUCAUGACCAUAUUUCCACAUAUUAUAGCAGUAUUAGUAAGUUUAAGGCACCAGAGUGGUUCAGAUAAGUGUCAUCAUAGUGGUGCUAGAAUAAACAUGCACCAGAAAAUCAUGGGUUCGAGCCCUUUUAGGAUGACGACCAUAUCUCCUCAUAUGACACCAAUAUUGGUUAGUUCCACUGUUUCAGGAAUCAGACUCAAUAGUUCUUCAAAUAUGCUUUAGACUUUAAUAAUUAGGGCACUAAUAUAAAUAUGUACCUGGAAAUUGUGGGUUCGAGCCCUAUAAGGGUGACAACCAUGUUUAUACAUAUGACACCAAUAUUGGUUAGGUCAAGGAAGAACACUCAUGUUUUUUUUUCAAAUAAACUUCUAGUUUCCAUCAUAAUCAAGCUAAAAUAUAGAUAUAAAGAGUGAUCGACUGGUAUUUGGGUGGCAAAGAUCUGUUAGGAUUACCUCUUGUUUUUUGGUAAUUUCUUAAAACCCUUAUCUUUCAACAUAUUUGAAACUUUCAGGGAAACUUCACAUUUAUAUGACUUGUGAUGUUAAGAAAAUGUAAACAUUUUAAAGGGGCACUCCUCCAGAUUAGUGAAACAGAUCUAAUACCAAAUGAAAUAAAUAAUAACAAUAAUAGUUAUAAGAAAUGUAUAUAUUUAUAUGGUAGACUCAAAAUCCAAGUAUAACUUUGAAUGUACUAUGUAAUAUUUAUAUCAAGCAGAAUUUAAUAUUUAUUUCACCUAGGGGAGAAAGAGAAAUUCCUGCAUAUUUUUCAAAAGUUAGAUAUUAUAUAGAUAAUGAGAACCUAAGGCUAGAUUGAUAAAAUUAGUGGAUUAGUACGCUUUAAAACAACUUCACUUCAUCACAUUAGUGCAGUAACAGGUUAACUCCUAUUGAAUUAUAUUAAGGACUUAACUCAUUACUGCACUAAGAGUCUUGUUUGAACAAAUUUCAAAUUUUCAUAAAAAUUAACUCAAACCUGGAGGUGUGCUGCUUUAAAAUGAUAUUAUAACAUAUUGUUUAUUACUUUUUAUUAGAUACAAAAUGUAUUUUGUUAUUGAUUAAUGUUAGUUUUGCAUUGUAUUUUAUUUUUUUGAACAGCAAAGAUUAAACAGCAAGUUUUGUAUCAGCUUGAUUUUUUGCAAAUGGGUUGUCUCCCUUACACCGUUUUAUAAUUUGUUUUUAUUCUGUAUAGAUAAAUUAUAAAUUGUUUUAUAAUUAUGUUAACAUUUUAAAUAUUUUGAAAUAAGUAAUGUUUCUAAUUAUAAAAAUAUCACUAGUAAUAUAUGACAUGCAUUUACUUU